AUGGCAUUUGUGGUACCCCAGCAUCUUCCACGUGCGGCUUUUGGACAAGGAUCUAGUUACGGCUCAUCAACGUCACACUCCGAACCCGUUCUCCGCAAACUUGCUGAGACAACACGAGACUCACUUACAUCGACCGAAACGUCCAAAUGGGUCGAAGAAAUAAGAAAAGAUAUUGAAGAUACAAAGGCUCGUAUCCAUAGAUGUAUACACAAGGACCUACCUGCAUUUGAACGUCAGCUUGCUUCCGCAGACCAGGUUCAAGAAGCUCUCGGUGAACUUACUUCCGGAGCGGAUGAUAUCACGAAUCAAGUACAGCGUCCACAGACAGGUCUCCUCCCAACUGACGCAAAGGUUUUGCACAAUGCAUUGUCCCAUUUAACUCGAUGUCGAGACGAGUUUAAGACCCUUUCGGCUUUAGUCGAAGGCGGUAACUUACCUGCUGCUGUACGCAAGUCUGAAGAGGCACAGUCUCUGAUUCAGUCCUCCCCGCGACCACUUGAAAGCUCGGCCGUGAUGAAGAAUCUUUCGCGUAUGGCACGUGUACUCGGAGAUCGUGUGCAGGAGCAGCUAGGAGACGCGUAUUCGCGAGGUGUCGCCAUUACUGCAUUCCCGAGUGGUGCUACUGUUGCAAUAUUACCCCAUAUUAAUGUUCGCGACUCGAAUAACAGUGUAACCCUCUCGGAGCUGCUAGCAUCCCUACAAGAAUCUUCGUUGAAGGAGCAUCUCUCUACGUUUCGGAAAGAUGUUCUAGUUCGGGCCUUGGAGCCAGUUCUCGUGAAGCCUUCGCGGCUAAUUUUGUCCACACAGGAGGCCACGCUCACCAUUGACCACUCACCUGGGGCCUCUGAUGCAUCAUCUCCAAUCCAGCAGGCCCAAGAGGCGCUUCAGAAUACUAGGUCUCUCAUAACAUUCAUACACGACAUGCUUCUCCCUGCUCUUCCGGCCAAAGAUAUCUUCGCCAUCCAGUUAGCUGGUCCAAUUUCACAAGCGCUUGUGAAGCACGUUUUACGCGCUUCGAUUCCUCGCUCAGGGUCUCUGCGAGAUAUACCGGAUUUUCUUCGAGUUACGGAACAAGCAGCAAAGGUUGAAGGCGAAUUGUUCGCCAUGGGGUUCCGAAGCGGAGAUGUACGCGAAUGGACACAAGCAGCACCAUUGCAUUAUGAACGUCUGCGUAGGGAGGACCUAGUGCAGCAGGCGCGUGGCGCUGUGCUUGAGCACGACGGAACUGCGGUUGUGGUGACACGAACAGUUUCAAGGGAAGAAGAAAAAAACAGACUCAGCCAUGAUGAAGCAGAGGACGAUCCCUGGGCUUUCGAGGAACCUACUCCCGCUGUCGCACAAUCGUCCUAUCGACACUCUGAAGCAACUCCAGCGCCGCUGCAUUCUACGGACGAUAAGUUGGAGAGCCUUCAAAGCCCACAAGCCCUCCGCCUGAGGAUGCAGAGGAAGAUGGUUGGGGAUUUGACGACGAAGAGCCCCGAGUCUUCACGAGGGGAUACUUCCGAGGAUGAGCAUGAUGUGGAGGUAUAUGCGAGAACUUCGCAGUCUGAAGCUGAAGCUAGCGAGAGGAGCGGGGGUACAUCGCACCCAACGGAGCUCCUCAGUGCGCCUCAAUCUGAUGCUGAAAUCGUGAACGCUACAACACAGUCGAGUGAAGAAAGUGACCCUUGGGACGACGAUCCAUGGGGUGAGUCGGGAGAAGAAACCAAGGUGGAGAGCGAGUCUGUAUCAAUUCAAUCGAGUGAACUACCUGCCCCAACACACUCUCCUACGAGGGCGCCAGGGCAAUCUCAAUCGAAGCCUGUUUCCCCGAUAGCCAGAGCCUCACCACCAGCUGUAGUAGAAGUACCACCGUCGCCAGCCGCGAAAGCGCCCGCGCGUGUGGCUCGCGGGCUCGAGCGGUUCGCACAAAAGAAUCGUGGGAGCGGCGCAUCAUCUCCCACUGUAUCUAAUGCCUCGCCAAUAGCUUCCUUCCCUCCAGCUUCUGCAUUUGGAACAGCGCCAUCUAGUGCUUUCCCCACCUCUGCGGUUGGCCAUGCGUCUCCUUCCAAACCGAACCAAUCAUUGCCAGGUCCAAAUUCAACUGCAGCUUUCUCUCCCCCUGAGCCACCUAAAAUCGCGCCACCAGUGACACCUGCCAUGCGUAGAGCCCAACAACAGAGUAAAAGCACGACUCCAAAGCACGGAAAAUCCGUAUCUGGCUACUCUGCGUCCCCACUUGGUUCACCUACCAAGAAGUGGAAUGCAUUACCUCAGGAUGACUUGUCUAGUAGCGUCGGAUCCAUAAGUGGAUUGUUUGGACCUGAUUCGAAUCAACGAAGAUAUGCGGGAAGUGAAGUAGGAAGUCAGAUUGGGAGUGUUGUAGGUAGCCAAGUAGGUGGUGGCAGCCAGGUCGGCGUGGGGAGUCAGGUUGGGACAUUCACCAGUGCAAUUAGUCCGGAACAGCCAACACCAGCCCCUGGACUGGCCGCAAAACAAGAACCAGUAACUGAAACUUACAUGGUUUCAACAAAAGCGCAGAGGAUCCUAGCCCUGGCGGAGGAUGCAUUAAAAGAAGGAAAAGAGCUAGUCCUCUCCAAUGUUUUCCCGCGAGAUACUACUCCUAUUCCAGGAGCCUUGGUACUUGGAUGUAUCCCUUCCUUCUUCGAUUUAUUCAGGGCACUUGUGCCAGUUGCGCAUGGCGGACCUAUGGCAGCAUCCGCGGGGAUUGCGAUGCGCUUUUCAAACGAUUGUCUCUAUAUGUCCGAAGAAAUCAAUCGCAUAAUAGCGGGCGUACCCCCAGGCGCUGUCGGAGAGGGCGUUCGUCCCAAACUACAAGAGGUAAAAGAGAAGCUAAAGGUGUUUGGAGAAAGUUGGUUUGAGGAAGUUCUGGAUAACGAGAAAUUGGCUAUUUCCAAGUACCUUGAGUCUGCUGAAGGUUUCAGGAAUAUUCACGACCAAGCAAGGUAUCAAGAAUGCAGGCGCGCCGUCACACGAUGCACACAUGCUGUAUCCAAGUUUUCACGGGAUACCAAGCCCGUCCUAUCGUUUGCGAAGUACCAUCUUGCGCUCGGUACACUCGUCGAGGAUGUAUUGUCUCGUCUGACGGACGACAUUCUUUCAAUGCACGAUAUCCCCGAGACCGAAUCCCAUCGCCUGCAUGAGAUAUGCAAGUUGAUGCACACUUUCGAAUCUCUGUUUGUCCCCGAUGGCGAAUCGACUUCUACUGUUUCACAAUACGUUGCCUCCUGGUUCAAAUACUCAUACCUUUCUGAACUUCUUGAAGCGUCACUCGCUGAUAUACGCCAUCUCUUUGACAUUGGAGCUCUUGUAGACUUCUCAGAGCAAGACCUCGCACACCUCAUUCGUGCAUUGUUUUCGGAUAGUCCCAAGCGCCAGGAGCUUAUCGAGCGAGUCUUGGCUGGGCAUCCUGCCCAACCAUAA